AUGGCCCCCGUCAAUUUGUCUCAUCGGCGGACACAUAAUUUGCUCUUGAUCUCGAAACUACUGAGUUUGCGAGACACGGCCUCGCCACUCACGCUCCUCCAGGACUCGUUGGAGCAGCCCGCCACACCCCUCAUCAGGGAGUACAUCCGUCGCGCAAAGGCAAGUUCAUGUAACUCUGUAGAUCAGUUGCUCUCCAAAGUCCAUGUUACUCUGAUUGGACUCGAAACACUGAAGCAACCCGAUGGAGUCGAUGCUUUCGUGUCUGCCUGCCGCAAGAGCCCGACAGAUAUUGUUAAAGAAGUAGCAGCAGUAUACCCAUCCUCUGCAUCAGCUGGCCCGUCAAAACGACGCCUCAUCAUCAUUGAUGCCAUCAACCCUCUAAUUAGCUCAAAGAGAGUCGAUGCUGGAUUCCAUUUGCCUUCUUUCCUCGGGUCACUCAUAGCCCCGACCAGCCCGACAGCCAAGGCUGAUUCAUCGCUGGUCGUCAAUUAUCACCAAGAUGUCCCCGGCCUCCCUCAGCAGAACCCCUACUCGCCAUCGCCACUGUCUAUGCUCACGUAUCUCGCGACUAGUGUGAUUACUCUCCACUCGUUCUCCCAUAUUCUGGCGCGGAAGGCCGCCCGUGACCGCAGCCUUGUUGCACCCGUUUUCGGGCUCGAGGAAGAGCAAGAGGGCGUUCUUCUUGGCCGGCUCGAUAAACUGCGUGGCACUAAUGCCGCCGAGGGGAUCGUUCUCGAGUUAGAGCACAGACGCAAGAGUGGACGUGGCGUUUUGGAGUGGUAUAUUCUCCCUCCUGCUUCGCGAUUCUCGCCGCAACAGGUAAAAGAGGUCGUCACUCUCUUGGAUGAUAAUGUCCUUUACAACCCGCCCAUGGAGCCGGAUACGAAUGCUGAUGACGAGGAACCCAAGUCAACAUUCGAGCUGGGUCUCACGGAGAGACAAAGGCGUGAAAGGGAGGGGGGUCGUCCUGCCCUACUUUGA